AUGUCCAAUCCUCGUCACACGUUUGCCUUGGUAGUUGAAUUUCUCAGAACAGCUGUCACCUCUGGAGCUCAUCUCGAAGAAUCGGCUCGUUGGAAUACCUCGUUUUUAAACAACCAAUUGAGAAAGCGGGCCUUCUUUGCAUUGAUUACAGUCGAGAAAAACACAACAUCUUCUCUUGGAUAUGUAAACGUACUCCAAUCUUUCUGUAACCUGGUCUCUCCUCCAAUUUUCGUAGAGGAUGCUACCAUGAGUCUGCUAGAUAAACAAGAUGGGAUGCAACCCACGCCAGAAGCACGCAAACAAUUUAGAGAGCAGCUAUACUCGAGACCCCAGACACCCGGAGAAGCAGCGUUCAAUUCUCUGUGGUCGGUCAGAAAUAAAUUGGAAUCGAAAAGUCGCAACAUGAUCUUGAAUCAAUUGAAGGCCCAAUCAUCUCCAUCAGCUCAAACCACUUCAUCAUCAACUACGACUCAGGACGAUCCAAAUUCCAAAACUAAGAAUAACCGUCAUCUGUUUAUCCUCAACUUUGGAACGGCUCUAUGGGAAUUUAUCGAGAAUGAAAUGAAUCCCAUGGGACGAUGGAAUCCAUCUCUGACGUCUAAGCGAGACUUGUUCGCCACUUCCUAUUGUGCUUGCUUGCUUUGGAGCAUCCUGAUCCGAGUUAAUCUUGAAGCUGUUUCAGUCUAUCCAGAACUAGUUCACCGCUGCCUCCAAGCUGCUUCAUCCAUCUUGGAUACCUUGGAGGACAUGAAAGUUCUUGGUCACUUGGACCUUCUUCGAGGAGACAUUCCAUAUUUUCUUGCCCCAGUCGGAUUGUUCUUUCUGUGGGCUAUCAGUCAGGACAAUAACCCGCUUGUUACCGCCGAUUUCAAAGCUAAUGCCUGGGUCAGGAUCACCAAAUGUGUCGAAAUCCUAAACAUUCCAGCCCCAGUAUCAUUUGUCUCCGAAAAACUCUCACUGAAAUUUACGGCAUACAUGAACCAUUUGAAAGAGGAAAUUCACAACCCUAGCCUGGAUCCUGGCACUUCGACGAAUAUUUCUAAAAAACGCCCGAUCAGUGAAAUUAUGGCCAAAAAAGUCGAACAACCAACCAUCUCCAAUUUGCUGUUCUCACAACACGCCUCACCAGCUAACUCAGACUCUUAUGUGGACCCAGUGCAAGCACCGCCAUCAUAUGCCGAUUUCAAUUUUUCAGAUUUCAUGAGCACUACCGGAACUUCACAAUUUCCAAGCUGGAACUAUGAUGCAAACCCCCCAGUGGCAGCAACUGGAAAUCCAAAUCCAAAUAAUCAACAGAAUCCUUACGAUCCAUCUUCUUAUUCACAUCUUCAAUUACAAAACCUUUUACUUCAAUCAGGAAAUGUACCGCAACAACCUUUAAACUACAAUGCUCCGAAUAUACCACUGUCGACCAACCGCCCUCAACAGUUCAAUCCGGAAGGAUCAACAAAUUCAUCCUUGCAUGAAGGAUCAGAUCCUUCACACCUCCGAUCGACGUUCCCGUCGUCCACAUCUUCCAUUCCUCCGGAAGUCACCAAAGACCAGCAAAUUUAUUCCGGAAUCAAUAAUGAUGGGCUGACGCCGACGAGUAGUGGUACGAAUUAUAUCAAGACGGCUGGAAAUUUUGUGAACAACCAAAGCUUCGAUCGAAAUCUCUUUACCGUUGGCAAUGCUAGUAACAAGAACUCAGACAGCAGCUUUCCAUUUAACUCGAAUUUCAUUCCGAUGAAUUUCAGUAACCCUGCAGAUGAGAUUUUCAAUCCACCCCAACGACUUGCAUCAAUAAAUCACCCGGAUCCAAACUUCCUGAAUCCGACUCACCCGAUCGUUCCAAAUCAAGCAUACAAUUUACCAUCUUCACGGCCGCCAGAAGCGAAUGCUUACCCGAACUUCAUUCCGCAAAAUCCAGUUUUCAAUCACAGCAGCUCGACCAACUUUACUAAUCACAAACCAGCUAUGACUCCGAAGUCGUAUCCUAGUCACUCGCACUCCCAAUCGUUAAACUUUCAUCCAUCUGCAGGCCCCUCGACCCAAAAAGUCUCUCACAUAAAUAAUCAAACCUUUUCUAAGGCCCAGCCGUUUCCUCCUCAUCCUGCAUCAUCCACGUCCGCCUCGUUUUCUGAUAUCACCUUCGACGUAGCUCCUCCGUUCGAAUUCGAAACGCAAAUCGAUCCAAAUCAGAAGAUGUUUGUCAGCCCAUACCAGAUCAACAAUGAUACUGGCACUAGUAGUGGUAAUGAUAAUAACUAUAGGAGAAGGUUCGCUGAGGGAUCGUCCAGCCUGGGUCCAUUGACAAAUCUCCCACCCGCCGGAGUCCCUCCUCAACCUGUUCCAUUCAAUGGAUCAGCCAACCUGAGCGACGGUCUUCAGACUGAUGACCAGCAGAUGUUCUCGGCCAUCUGCGACACUUGGCUCUUCUGAGUUUUUUUCCCUCCCUCGUAAUUAGCAUUAUUCAGCAUUAUUAUUAGCAUUUUCAUCUCGCAAUCACUUUCUGUUUUUGUAUUGAUUUAUAUAUAUGCAAUGUUUGAUGAUUUGUAUACAUACCCUAUCUGUUGCCAUACCUUAAGCAAGCAUAGCUCACAUGUGGAAAGAAAUACCAGACUUUGGACUGCAGAAUUUUUGCGUAUUUUAUCUUUCUUUUCAACCUGUCUUUUUGCAUCCACAUCAUAUGAUCCUCAAAGGGAAGGAUCAGAUAUCUAUGGACCCUCACAACAACACACACAUACAUGUUUAUCUAUCUUAUGACUAUAUAUAUAUCUAUGUAUAUAUUUUCUCUGUA